CAUCCACAUUGUCACUGUCACUAUGCUGAUGUAGCGAAACAGACCGGCUAUAGUGAGUGUGGUUGUGAAUGAUUUCGACACAAAUAGACUGUUUUGCUGCAGAAUGGUGAUCAGAUUAUAAUCUCUUCUUCCCACAUUGCAUAUCGACCAGAAUCUCUUCUUCCCACGUUGCAUCUCUCUCUCUCUCUCUCUCUCUCACACACACACACACACAGACGCACACAUUCUGGAUGCUACAUUUCUUACGUAAGAAUGCAAAAUGGUUCGGAGGCUUUGUUUGUUGCAGAGUGGUGACCGAAUAGCAACCUCUUCUUCCCACAUUUCAUCCUGCUCAUUACUAGGGGUGUGUGUGUGAGCGUCUGGAGAGAAAAUGGAAGCUUGCUCAGCUCCCAAGUGGUUUUUGUUCCGUAUAGUUCUGUUUCUGAGUCUUCAGCUGGCACAGAGCAGUGUCACCUAUGAUAGAAAGGCGCUUGUCAUUAAUGGGCAGAGGAGAAUUCUCUUUUCCGGUUCUAUACACUACCCAAGAAGCACCCCUCAGAUGUGGGGAAGUCUAAUACAGAAAGCCAAAGAUGGUGGCUUGGAUGCUAUAGAUACCUAUGUGUUUUGGAAUGUUCACGAACCUUCUCCUGGCAUGUAUAAUUUUGAGGGGAGAUAUGAUUUGGUUCGGUUCAUCAAGAUGAUCCAGAAAGCUGGGCUAUACGUGCAUCUUCGCAUUGGGCCUUAUGUUUGUGCAGAGUGGAAUUUUGGGGGGUUUCCUGUUUGGUUGAAGUAUGUUCCAGGCAUUAGCUUUAGAACAGAUAACGAGCCUUUCAUGUUGGCAACGCAAAAAUUUACCCAGAAAAUUGUUAAAAUGAUGAAGAAUGAAAAUCUGUUCGAGUCUCAAGGUGGUCCCAUCAUCCUCUCUCAGAUUGAGAAUGAAUAUGAACGAGUAAGCAAAGCAUUCGGAGCUGCCGGUCAUGAAUACGUGACUUGGGCUGCAAAGAUGGCUGUUGGAAUGGAUACUGGGGUCCCGUGGGUAAUGUGCAAGGAAGCUGAUGCCCCGGAUCCAGUGAUAAACACGUGCAAUGGUUUCUAUUGUGACUACUUUUCUCCAAACAAACCUUACAAACCCACACUAUGGACUGAGACCUGGAGUGGCUGGUUUACAAAAUUUGGUGGCCCAAUUCACCAUCGACCAGUCCAAGAUUUGGCAUUUGCUGUUGCUCGGUUCAUUCAGAAGGGGGGCUCCUUUGUAAAUUAUUACAUGUACCAUGGAGGAACAAACUUUGGAAGAACUGCUGGAGGCCCUUUCAUUACUACCAGCUAUGACUAUGAUGCUCCAAUUGAUGAAUAUGGCUUGAUCAGGCAGCCCAAGUAUGGCCAUCUGAAGGAACUCCACAAGGCUAUUAAGUUAUGUGAGCGAGCUUUGCUAACUGCUGAUCCUACCAUCACAUCCUUGGGAAAUUAUGAAAAGGCACAUGUAUUCUCUUCCGAGUCAGGAGACUGUGCAGCUUUUCUCUCAAAUUAUAAUCCAAAGUCAGCUGCAAGAGUGACUUUCAAUAGCAAGCAUUACAAGCUGCCACCCUGGUCCAUAAGCAUCCUUCCUGAUUGCAAAAAUGCUGUCUUCAACACUGCCAAAGUCAGAGUUCAGACAUCCCAAAUGCAAAUGUUGCCCACUAAUGUUGAGCUUCUUUCAUGGGAUACAUUUCAUGAAGACAUAUCUUCAGCUGAUGAUGGUUCAACAAUCAGUGUAUUUGGUCUCUUGGAGCAGUUGAACGUCACCAGAGAUACCAGCGACUAUCUCUGGUACACAACCAGUGUUGAUAUCAGUUCAUCAGAAUCGUUUCUGCGUCAAGGCAAACUUCCAACUCUUACUGUGCAGUCAACUGGCCAUGCCAUGCAUGUAUUCAUUAAUGGGCAUCUUGCAGGCUCGGCCUUUGGGACUCAGGAGAGCUUGAGAUUUACUUUUACAGGGAAUGUUGAUCUGAGACCAGGAAGUAACAAAAUUUCACUACUCAGUAUAGCUGUUGGACUGCCAAACAAUGGUCCACAUUUUGAGAUGAGGAAAACGGGAAUCCUUGGACCAGUUGUCAUACAUGGGUUAGACCAGGGAAAAAGGGACUUGUCCCAGCAUAAAUGGUCAUACAAGGUUGGGCUUAAGGGAGAAGCCAUGAAUUUAGGUUCUCCCAACUCAAUCUCAUCAGUUGAUUGGAUGCAAGAGUUCUUAGCGGCAGAGAAACAAAAGCCUCUGACAUGGUAUAAGACCCAUUUUGACAAAGCGGAAGGAGAGGAGGCCUUGGCUUUGGACAUGAGUAGCAUGGGGAAGGGUCAAGUGUGGAUAAAUGGGGAGAGCAUUGGGAGAUAUUGGAAUGUCUAUGCUAAUGGUAAUUGCAAUGGAUGCAGUUAUUCUGACACAUUCCGGCCUAUAAAGUGCCAAUUCGGUUGUGGCAAUCCAACUCAAAAAUGGUACCAUGUUCCUCGGUCAUGGUUGAAGCCAACUAAAAAUCUUUUGGUAGUUUUUGAGGAAAUUGGUGGGGAUGCUUCCAGAAUUGCACUUGUAAAAAGAUCGGUUAAAAGUAUCUGUGCUGAGGUAUCUGAUUAUCACCCAAACAUUGAGAAUUGGCAUACCGAGAGAGAUGGAAAAUCAGAGGUUCUAGACAUUCCAAAGGUUAGCCUACAUUGUGGACGUGGGCAAUCCAUUUCUGCAAUUAAAUUUGCAAGUUUUGGAACUCCAUCUGGGACUUGUGGGAGUUUUGAGCAUGGGAGCUGUCACGCCCCAAGCUCUCUGGCUAUCUUUGAGAAGAAAUGCGUAGGUCAGCAGGAAUGCUUGGUGACUGUAUCAAACAGUAACUUUGGUGCAGACCCAUGUCCAAACAUAUCAAAAACAUUAUUGGUGGAAGCUGUUUGUGCCCCUGUGGAUGCUACAACUGCCAGACCCAAUUAGAGGUUCUGAGAACAAGAAAAUAAAUUGUAACUCCAUAUCUAAAUUGGAACCAUUUAAUUCAUUUCAAAGUGCGUUGGCAGCAUUUGAAGUAUCGGCAAUGGAGUCUUAACGAACAAGUAUGGGGAACUGAGUUCUAGUUAGGAUUGUGAAAGUGUCACAUUUAUAUGUAUUGCAAAUUCAAGUAAGUUGUAGGUUUGGUUUCUAAAGCUGGAGGUACUUCCAUACAAUUUUAAUCCAAAAUAAAGAAGCUUCUCAAUCAUAAUGCCUAAAGAACCCGACCCUUCA